UGCUGCGACCCGCUCUCAGUUCAAGUCGUCCCGCGCGCCGUACGGACAUGUUUUGGUGGAUCGGAGUGUACGCCACGCUGCUGUGGGCCUACAAUGGCUUCCUCGAGUCGCUGUUGGCCAUCGUGUGGGGCUCCAUUAGGGCGGCCGUGUGCCGCGAGAAGCUGACCGAGCGUUACGGACCCUGGGCAGUGAUCACCGGGGCAACGGAUGGCAUUGGCAAGUGUUACGCGCAGAAUUUGGCCGCCAAGGGCCUCAACAUUGCGCUUCUUUCGAGGAGCAAGCAAAAACUGGACCGAGUAGGCGAUGAGCUGGAAAAAAGCUACGGCGUGCAAACGAAACGGGUUGUGGUGGACUUCAACGGAGGUCACCAGAUUUACGAGCAGCUGCGCGAACAGCUUGCUGCGAUGGAUAUUGGGCUGCUGGUUAACAACGUGGGCUACCUGCCCGAGCUGGCCACACUGGAGCAGCACACCGAGCAGGACCUGCUGACGGUGGUCAACCUGAACGUGGUGGCCGCGACCAUCCUCUCCCGGAUCGUGAUCCCCGGGAUGCGCGAACGUGGCCGGGGCAUCGUGAUCAACAUCGGGUCCAGUUCGGGCCACGUCCCGGUCGCGUACAUGGCCGCGUACGCCGCCUCCAAAGCGUACCUGCACAAUCUGGGACUGGCGCUGGCCCAGGAACUGCGCGGCAGUGGCGUCGAGUUCCAGGUCGUGGCCCCGUCCAUCGUGCGGACGAACCUGAGCGAGCAGUACGAAAGCAAGAUGCCCUGGUACGUGACCGUGCUGGACGCCGAGCAGAUGGCCCGGUUUGCGGUGUUUACGAUCGGGAAGACGGCGUACACUUCCGGCCACUGGCAGCACUGCUUGCAGGUUCUUUGGCAAGGACUGGUGCCACUAUCUCUGGCGGUGAAAAUUGUCUCCAGAGUGCUUCAUAAAGGGGCUCGGCGGUCAUAAUAAAAGUUGUUUGCGUUAAAGUAUUG